CCAACACUAAAGCAAAGUGUGAACAACAAUUCUGUUCGACAUUUGAGAAAAAAUUAAAAUAAGCUACACAAUGGAAACCCUGACUGGAAGAAAUGUUGCCUUGCUGGUGCUAUGCCUGUGUGCCGGAUACGCUCUGGUGGUCGGCGAGGGCGACAAGGAGAUACCAGCCACGAAAUUAGGACAAAACAUUGCGCCGACGAUGACUUUUCUUUACUGCUACUCCUGCGGCUACCGCAAGGCCUUUGAGGACUACGUUAACAUUUUGGUCGAGAAGUACCCACAGAUCCAAGUGCAGGGAGCCCAUUACGAUCCUCCCGGCUUGAACUAUUACCUAUCCAAGAUUAUUUUUGCUUUGAAGAUCACCAUUAUUGUUUCGGUGGUAUCAGCAGUUAGUCCGUUCACAUUCCUUGGUAUCAACACACCCAGCUGGUGGAGCCACCUGCAGUCAAACAAGAUUUACGCGUGCAUGAUGAUUUUCUUUCUGGGCAACAUGCUCGAGGGUCAGCUGAUCUCAUCGGGAGCGUUUGAGAUAACACUGAAUGACGUGCCAGUAUGGUCGAAAUUGCAGACGGGCCGGUUUCCGGCGCCCGAGGUCCUAUUCCAGAUCAUCGACAAUCAUCUGCAGUUCACCGACAAGAUUCAGGAGAAUCCGGACUUUGUUAAAUAAUAGUGGACAAAGGAAGAGGCGGGAACAGAAGCCGGUCAACACCAAAUAGCCAUGCGGCUCUGAACCUCUGUAAAACUAUAGGCUCUUGUCCCAAUAUACCCUAGUUAGCCGUAUCUCUCUGUUUCACCCAAAAACCUUCUAGCCUACUGUACACCAAAUGUAACUUUGUAUUCCUGUGUUUCCGUUUAAAAGCUUAAGUGUACUGUAUUUGUGUUUUUGUGUAGCCGCCAGUCGUGUGUAUAUCGAAAGCAUAUAGAUAAGAACAUAAAGGACACAACAACUCGCUACCGGGUCCUGGUCCCAGGGGUACAUCUACCGUAGGAGAGCUGUUUACAAUCAAACUAUGUGCUGCCUCGGUGUAGAUGUACCUCUUCCUUAGCCUUUACGAGAUUUGUAAUGUUACUUGUUAGUGGGAGGAGCAAACUGAUUACAUUCGGAUAUGUAAAACCUUUUUCACAUUGUAAUAAAAAUAAAUUCGCUCGUCAGAUUUAAAACCAAAA